AUGGUAUCUGUGCUCCAAAAUGUCAAGGCAACAAUGGCCUGGCGGAAACACCAGCUCCUAGCUGACUUCGAUGAGAAUGAGAGCCCUGUAGCUGACAAAUUCAAGACAAGGGUUUCUUUGAGUUCUCUCAAUACCAUCCGCAUGUCUCUAAGGAAGCGAGUACCAUUAAAGCAAGUAGAGCUGAAUCUUCAUAAGACCCCAACUUGGGAAAGUCUGGAAGCAAGACAGAAGUGCCAAACUCUUCAGAGUAUUAAAAGAUCAGCAAAAAAUGCUUUUGGAACAGUGUCCCAGAAAAUACAGAAGUCUUGCCAAAGCCCAGUACAUUCGGUGGUGACCUUUCCAGCUGAACCCAUGAGCAGAAGCUGUGCAACCAGUUCUACUAAGAAAAGAAGCACUACACCUCCAACCCCUUGCCAUAAGAAGAGUGUUACUUCAGCAGCCAGUUCCACAGGCAUCCCAAGAUCCAGCAAAAGAGCUUUGCUUGGGCCAACAACGGUGUCAGAACAUAGAGAAUGGAGGGGCUUCUCAUCCUGGCUUGGUAAAGAUGCUGUCUCUCUCCGGAGAUCAAGAAGAGCAGCAGCACUGAAGAGCCCUUACUCGUCACCUGCUCCUGCCAGCAGAAAGAUCGAGUUUGACUGUGAGUUGGAGCUGGUCUCCUCAGGGAUUUGCCAAUUGAAGCAUAUCUCCCAGGCAUUUGAUGAUGCCACUGUGAAAGAGGAGAGGCAACAUGCAAUAUCAAACUACUACUAUCUCAUGGCACAAAACUUACAGUCUGCACGUCGAUCUCAGAAACUUUCUCAAGCUAUCAGAAGGCAAGCAAAGAAACUCCAUCAAGCACUUGGUACCUAG